CUAGGCAACCGGGACGCAAACAGGUGACCUUCAGGAAGCAACUGCUAUUUCUCAGACACUGUCGUCGUGUCGCUCUGCGGCCAACAAACUCUUGAUCGGCUCGGUCAAAACAAACAUCGGACACCUGGAAGCUGCCGCCGGGUUGGCUGCCGUGAUCAAAUCGAUUUUGAUCUUGGAGCAUGGCAUGAUCCCGCCAAACAUCCACUUCAAAACCCCUAAUUCAAAGAUCCCUUUCGACGAUUGGAACAUCAAAGUACCCGCGUCUCUCAUACCCUUCCCAUCCAACAAAGCUGCGAAUGGAGUCCGGCCCGUCAAUGUCAACUCGUUCGGCUACGUGGAAGACCUAUGCCGUUGCGUCGCCCAGGUCCUGGAUAGCAAGGACGCCACCGUUCCAGAGACGCUCAGUUCACGCACGCCGAGGCUCGGCUUCGUAUUCACCAGCCAGGGUGCACAGUGGCCGGCUAUGGGCAUGGAGCUCUUCGGGGUGUAUGCCGUAUUCCGCAAAAGCGUGGAAGCGGCCGACGCCUACCUGAGGAACGAGCUCGGCUGCGGAUGGUCCGUUGCUCUGGUCGAUCUUUUGAGGGACUGGAAGGUUGUCCCACGGUCGGUGACGGGACGCUCGUCUGGCGAAAUCGCCGCGGCAUACUGCAUGGGGGCGCUGUCGUGCGAGGCCGCAUGGAGAGUGGCAUAUUAUCGAGGCACGCUUGCGACGGCCCUCAAGGACUCGGCACCUGAUAUCCAGGGCGCCAUGCUUGCGCUCGGGUUGGGACCAGACCCAGCCGCGGCCAUGAUUGCGUCGGCCCAGGCGGAAGCCCAGGUCUGUGUCGCCUGCGUCAACUCCCCGACCUCGGUCACCAUCUCCGGAGACGCCGCCGGGAUACAGAGGAUGCUGGUCGCGGCCGAAAAGGAAGGAGUCUCUGCUCGCAAGUUGCGAGAAGAUACGGCCUACCAUUCGUUCCACAUGCAGCUCGUUCUUCUCGCAGGAUUAUUGGAACCUGCCGGUGGUCUCGACUCGCUCCAGUCUGUAGAGGAACAGUCCUCAGCGGCCAGAGAUGAUGUCCCGACUAGGCCGGAGGAGCUGACCGAAGACGAACUUGACAUCUCUGUCAAGGCAUCGUGUCUCUCCGAAGCUGAUCUGGCAACUGUCAAAGGCCAGAAUCGGCUUGAUCCCAACCUCCUGGGCAUGGAGGCUUCUGGAAUCGUGACUCGAAUAAACACCAAGAACAACCAAGGCAAGUUCAAGGUCGGUGACAGGGUUAUGGUCCUGACACCGGGUGCGCACCGGACGCUCUUGAGAACAAAGACGGGCCAGGUGGGGAAGAUUCCACCCGGCCUGUCUUUUGAAGACGCCGCGUGUAUCGCACUAGCCUUGGUCACGGCCUGGCCCGUCGUCGCAUCAUUCGUCAUGAUCUGA